AUGGAGUUACGUUUCCGUGGUAAAACUAAUACCGAGGAUACUGUCGGGUUCUGGCUUUGUGAAGCUGAAUGGGAGCUUCUAGACGUAUUAGAAGACAAGGAAUUACAUUUUCUGAACGAAUCUACGGGUCUUGUCAUACCUCAAGAUGAAGCAAUUGCAAAAUCUAUAUCCGAUCGUGAUGUUGUACGACUUUGUUCGACGGUAGAACUAGAAGCGCUACAGGAAAAGUUUGCAACACGUGACCAGGAAGUGACGAAUGAGAUGAUGAAUUCUAAGGCUACAACACCAAUUGGUGCGGCGCUGUCCCGACUCAAGAAAAUUGGCGCUUCGAACCCGACGCUUAUGAAACUGCAAAUUUCAAUAGAUACUAACAACUUAGAUAAAUUCACUCAAAUAGUGCGUAAUGCUAACACAUGA